AAGGGGUUCAGUCGGUCUUCCCACCAGUGGACACACCAAUUAGUUCACACCACACCGGGCAGAGGCUGGUCAACUGCUGAAUUUCUGGGAAAGGAUUCACUCAGUCAUCUGACCUAAUGGCUCACCAGCGAGUUCACGCUCGGGAGCAGCCGUUCACCUGCUCAGACUGUGGGAAAGGAUUCACUUGGUCAUCUAACCUGAAGAAACAUCAGCGAGUUCACACUGGAGAGAGGCCAUACACCUGCUCAGAAUGUGGGAAAGGAUUCACUUCCUCAGAUAAACUGAAGAUUCAUCAGCGGGUUCACACUGGGGAGAGGCCGUUCACCUGCUCAAACUGUGGGAAGGGAUUCACUCAGUCAUCUAAACUGAAGGAACAUCAGCGAGUUCACACUGGUGAGAGGCCAUUCACAUGCUCAGACUGUGGGAAGGGAUUCACUCGGUCAUCCAACCUGCUGGCACACAAGUUAGUUCACACUGGGGAGAGGCCUUUCACCUGUUCAGACUGUGGGAAGGGAUUCUCUUUGUCAUCCCAACUGAAGGGACAUCACCGAGCUCACACUGGGGUUUGGCCAUUCAUCUGCUCAGACUGUGGGAAAGGAUUCACUCAGUUAUCAAAACUGGAGGUACAUCAGCGAGUUCACACUGGAGAGAGGCCAUUCACCUGCUCAGACUGUGGGAAGGGAUUCACUCAGUCAUCUAUUCUGAAGUUACAUCAGCGAGUUCACACUGGGGAGCGGCCGUUCACCUGCUCAGACUGUGGGAGGGGAUUCACUUGCUUAUCUAAUCUGAAAGGACAUCAGAGAGUUCACACUGGUGAGAGGCCAUUCACAUGCUCAGACUGUGGGAAGGGAUUCAUUCUGUCACACGAACUACUGGUACACAAGUCAGUUCACACUGGGGAGUGGCCGUUCACUUGCUCAGACUGUGGUAAGGGAUUCUCUCAGUCAUCCCAACUGAAGGUACAUCAGCGAGUUCACACUGGAGAGAGGCCAUUCACCUGCUCAAACUGUGGGAAAGGAUUCACUCAGUCAUCCAAGCUGAAGGUACACCAGCGAGUUCACACUGGAGAGAGGCCGUUCACCUGCUCAGACUGUGGUAAGGGAUUCACUUGCUCAUCUGAACUGAAGGUACAUCAGCGAGUUCACACUGGGGAGAGGCCGUUCACCUGCUUAGACUGUGGGAAGGGAUUCACUCAGUCAUCGCAUCUGAAGGUACAUCAGCGAGUUCACACUGGAGAGAGGCCGUUCACCUGCUCAGACUGUGGGAAGGGAUUCACUUGUUCAUCCCAACUGAAGGUACAUCAGCGAAUUCACACUGGGGAGAGGCCGUUCACCUGCUUAGACUGUGGGAAGGGAUUCACUCGGUCACCUCAACUACAGAGACACCAGCGAGUUCACACUGAGUAGACUGGUCAGUCUUUGGGAAAAGUUUCUCUCAGCCAAAUCAACCAAAAUGGGCAUCAGCAAGUUCACACUGCGGAGUGGCCGUUCACCUGCGGUGAAUGUGGGAAGUGAUUCACUAAGUAAUCUAAGCUUAUGUAACUCUCACUUUAGCUAGCAGCUUGAUAUAGCUUAAUUUGCCCCCGGCCCCAGCCCGGCCAAACUUAAGAAAUCUCAUUUGGGUGGAUGCUGCAUGAUGCAUCCCCUGUUACAAAUCAGUACUGUACCCCGAAAUAACAAACGGUACACAAUAUGUGAUUAAACAAUUGAGAUUUAUAAUUCUUACUUUGACUAUAGGGUUAGUAAAGAAAACAAAAAAAAAGAAACAGAGCCCACUCUCUCCAUUCGCAUCUUCUCAUCUCUCCCCAGCAAAAGACCAUGAAAAUCUCUCUUCCAGACUCACAAGAAGGAACAUUUCUCUCAUUGGACAGACCCGCACUCCAAAUCCCUGUUUUCUAUAGUCGUAACCUAAACAUUGUUAUACUUGUGACAGACUACCGGGUUCACACCAGGGAGAAAGUUUCAAUAAGCUGCAUGCUGGAUAUUUUUCCAUCACCGUUGCUGAAUGCAAUUUCGAGACUGACUGUCGGUGCUGAACUCUGCAAUUAUUGCUGCUGCUCACCACACCCAGUUCUGCACCCUGGUCACUGGGCAUGGGAGGAGUUUCUUCUGCUGCACAUUCACCUUUAAUGGGACUGGAGUUUAAUAUUCUGGUUCUGAGACAAAUAAGUCAGUUCUAUUUUAAACUCUGUCUCCGGUACGUAAUGAAUUUAUAACACACCUUGUGC